AUGCAACUGAUUGUUAAAUCGUUUGAUACACGUGUUAUUAAUACGGAUAAUUGUCCUACUGCAGCAAAUCUUAAGAUUUUACUGGCAAAUGAGGAUAAGUUACCUCUGGAUAACCUUCAGCUAUACAAUGGUGGUUCACUAAUCGAUGAUAAUCAACUUUUGGCAUCUCUUUCGGGUGAUGCAUGUAUUGAUGUUAUUGUUCCUGUGCUUGGAGGUACACGGUUCUCUCGCUCGUGCUGGAAAAGUCCGUGGGCAGACACCGAAAGUUGA